AUGUCGGAGAAGACCUUCGAUGACGUCGAUUUCGAUCUUUUCAAGUUCCUUAGCAAGCAUUGUCUGCCUCGCGCUCCUUCCGACUUGGAUAUUCCCGAGUGGGCAGCGACCCGUGAUUUCUUGAUGUCACCAUCACCAAGUUUCGACUUAUCCAAGUUUGGAUCCUUUGUAUCACCUGCCGACAUGUUGUCCGACAGUGAUAUCUCGGCCCACUCCUUCAAUCCCUCGUUUCCCAAUGGCAUUCGACCAUAUCCCAUGGAUUUCCUCAACACGGCCGGUGUUCAAGAAAACUGGAACUCAGUUCCAGUUUCACCCGAGGUUCCAAUCACGGUCAUGUCUAGUCCACUUAUUCCUUCAGACGACGCUUCCAUGGAUGGCUCUAGCUCGGCCUCAGAGUGGGAGCUUCCUCGUCGUCUCCGUGAGGGUCUAGUCGAAACUCCUCACUCGCCCAAACUCAUGUGCUCUUCCGCACAUGUGUCUUCUCAGGUGCAUAUACUCAGGUUGACCUCUAACACGACACUGGUGAAACAGCUCUUUGGCGACAACAUGUGUACCAACUGCCGUGAGUCUCCUGCAAAGCUGAACUGCGUCCAGGAGCCUGUAUCCGAGCGUCGCUGUGAGAAACAGCCAGUCGAGGUCCUUUCUUCCGAGUCUACUCCUAAGCCUGCCGAGGCCGACUCUUUUCGCCAUGCUCACACGCUCCAACCAUCGGAAGGUACCAUUGCGGGUACUCGUGUUGCUCUCGCUGAGCUGAUGGGUGAUAUGGAGGUGAUCCAGCAUGUCACACGUGCCCUCAAUCCACGAUGCACGGGUGGACCAAGAGUGCUGUGCCGAAGCUAG